AAACCCCAGGUUUUCAUGGUUCAUAGCCCUCCAUGGCUGGGUGCCACUGGUCAGAUCACUCUCCAGUUUGCAGCUGACUGGUUUAGCUGACAGUGUGACUGACCCUGGUACAGUGCAAAACCCUCUCCAUUCCAGUUCCCCCAGCAGCACACCAUUCAUUCUUGGAGGGGUUGGAGCUUUGCAGGUGCUGGUGCCCACACAAGUUGCCACUGUGGAGCCAGAUCUGCUGGUGAGAAGUCCUGAUGUGCCAAGUUCAGUUCAUCUCCUGCUCUGAACUAAUUAGAAGGAAUAAACCCAAGCAGGAGGGGCUGAUGGGCCCAGCUGCCAAUCCUGAGACAGCCAGUAGUGCUCACCUCAAUCCCAAAUACAGCCCAUGCCAGGGAUUUCAGUUCAUUUUAGCUGGUGGUGAGUUGGAGUUGUCCAUGUCAGCUCAUGCUGGGUAAGGGUCAGGUCAGAAAGUAGCAGUCAGGUGCUGAGUAUCUCAAAGGGAAUAAAUGUUAAUUAAUUUCUAACUAGAAAAAAUGAAUGGGGUGCUUGUCAGGAUAUUUUGGAUGUGUUUGUUUUCAAAUACUCAGGUUUCAAUUAUGAAAACCGGUGUUGAUUUCAUAGAGAAGAAAAACUGAAGCAGGAUUUUAAUUAUAGUAAGAAAUUCAGUGAUGGAGUUAUGGUCAGCACUUCUAUACAAGUCUGAAUUUCUUUUUCUAAUGCUCAGCAGUCAUCAAUUUGCUUACUGCAGAUCAAGCUAAAAGAGCGAUUUUAGGCUUCCACUUCAAAUUAUUUUUUAAGUCCAGUAUUUCCUUUAAAAUUAUUAUUUCCACCCCAGUCUUUUAUGAACCUUUGGCAUUACCUAAAACGAUUAUCUGCCUGUGGGAACAAGUUGCCUUUAUAGCUCUCUCUAAAACAUUGCUCUCCAUACUGGAGCUAAAGCUUCUGUAAAUACAUGUUUUGACCUUCAAGGAAGCACUGCUGUCAUGUAGCAGGAGCCUGGCUAUUCUGAGGUGAAUGCUGUGACCACUCCUAAUCACUUGUUCUCUCUCUCCUAAUGUGCCAUUAUCCUGUUUAUUGCUGUGUGCACCUCGCUGGGGCACUUCAGCAAGAGGCUUUCUGAGAGCAUCACAGUUCAGGCUCUAAUGAGCAUUAAUGAUGGAGCAGGUGAGCAAACCCUCCCUGCAUCUUGCUGCCAGAAAUGCUGCUUCCUCAGUCAGAGCGUGGCUGUGCUCUUUCAGGGCUGCACACAAACUUACCAUCAAUUAAAUAAUGUUUUAGACACUGACCUCCUUUGGGCCUGCAGGGAUGGGAAGUGAAUCCUUGGUUGGCAUCAAAUGUUGUUGGAGUAAAAGGUGGAUGCUCAGAUGAAUAUGGGAAUAGUGUGAUCUGUUUUUCUGUCUACAGUGAAGGCUCUAAAUUUUGUUUGUCUGCUUUUCACUGAGAAAUAGGUCUUGUUUGUGCCAGCCUUCUGAAGUUGAUGAAAUGAGAAAAAAGGAAAAUACAAUUAUUAUUUUUUUUCUUGCUGACUGUGGGUGUUUCUGUUGCUUACUCAGGUAAAGCUCUGACAACUCACAGUGGUUUUGUCUUCUGAUUAAAAGGAGCUGGAUUCUUGUUUUGUCUUUUUGGUCUUACUGGCCAUGAUUUGGGACAAGGAACUGCUGCCCACAGGCUGUUUGCAAAGUUUCACUGAAUGUUGUGUAUCCACAGUCACGACUGAAUCUCAUCUAUAAAGGCUGAGCAACUUUUCAGUUCCUCAAGCAAUUCUUUGAUGUCGUGGAUGUGACAGGUCUUCAGUCAUCAUUUCUGAAAGACUCCGAGAAUUCAGUCUUCUCCAGAGAAUCAGAAGAAAAUUCAGGUUUAGAUUUAUUUUACAAGGUUUUACAUAUCUUGGACUUUGGGCAGUUCAGAUUGUUGCUGUCUCCUAGGAAUGAAAUGGAGAAUGAUACAAACACGCUCUGUUGGUGGUUGUGCUGUCAGCCCUGCACCUUGGUGAGGAGGUGUGUGUGUUUCUCACGGCACCAGGUCUGUGUUACUCUGCGUGGGAAGAGUGAAUGGGCAGCAGCCUGGAUUGUCAGACUGACAUUCAGUGCCCAAAACUACUUUUGUUAGUCACAGCAGCACCCAGCAGGCUCACUCAGCCACACUGGCUCAGCUUUGGACAGCGCUAGCUCAGUGAAAAUGCAGAAGCUCUCACAAAUUAAUAUUUGUAUGAGAUUUCUUGGCCAUUGGUUUAAUCAACCUUUGCGUGUUGAGCUGAGGAGAUGCAUAAACAUGGAGCUAAUGAAGUGUACACAGUGAGUAAUUGCUGUGCUGCAGGAAAGCUUUGAGUCCACGCUGUUCACUCCAUUUGUGCCGGCACUCCAUGGGCAGUGUGACCUGUGCUGGUGGUCUGAGGUGAGGUUUUGCAUUCAGGUCUUUAGAAGGUCUCUGCAGAAAUCUGCUGUUAGAGGUUUCUGGAGCAUGAAGGUGGCGGUGCUGAUGGUGUCACAUCGCUGUCAUCACAUUGUUUGUGCCGUCUCAGCAGCGAGACUCUUUCAGAAGUGGCCUCUGAGAGGUUUUGGCAGAUGUGGUUUCUCAUGAAUGGCCUUGAGCUUUCUCCUUCCCCCCCUUUUGAUCUCUGAAUGCCUUCCCAGUUGUUUUAAUUGGGGUUGGUGAAACAAUGACUGAAACUAAAUCAGUUUAACAUGUCUUGAAUCCUUCGACUUUUUGCAUGUUUUGGAGGUCAUAUAACAAGUCCCAAAGCCCUUCUAGCUGCUCCUUAGGUAUUUUGCUCUCUAUAGCAGCACUGGUGCUUGUGGACAUCUGGACAAGGAGAAAAAAUCUACUGAUUUCUCCAGCUUUGUUCUGUCACCCAGUUUUUCAGAACUUUCUAGAAUGCUGCAGCCAGGAGGAUUUGUACAGGGGCUUGGACCAGAUGGCCUUUAGAGAUCUUGUUCCAACUUAAAUCUCUGCAGUUCUAGUAACAUUGGACACUUUGAACUCCAGUUAGCCUUGAUGUUGGGAUCCCUCUUUGUGCAAAUGGUGGGAUUCGAGGGGAGUUGUGCCAUGUUUAUAUGCAAGGAGCUUUAGUGCUCCAUUUUGAGGUUUGAUUUCUUAAAUGCUGGACCAAACAGAAUAGGAUGGUGGCACCUCUGCAGCCCCUUUGUGCACAUCUUGCUGUUAUCUGCCCCACAGCAGCUCAGGUUAGCAAGUCUCUGCUGAAAUGAAGGAAGUUGUAGCCAUUCAUCUUUCAGCCUAAUGGACCACAGAAAUUACAAGCUGUAGCAUGCAGCUUAAUCUUGCCACAAGGCAGAAUGCUGCAUACUUUGCCUUCAAUUUAUGCAUGCCAUGCCUUUUUGUUAAAUGCAAAAGGGCAGCUGACAGGGUUUCUCUAGAGAUGUUGCCCUGGUGGAUACCAGUGCAUUUCAGCAUAGUGAAAUGAGUAAUGGUGGUUUCUUUACCAUUCAUAACAACCACCUUUGAAAUGUGAGGACAGAGCUAUGGAUUAUUCUCUGUAUGUCAAGCAGCAGAGGAGAGCGAGGCAGCUAUUUUGGUUUUAACCCUGCAGAUGACCCAGUUCUUGAAGUAUUUCCGUUGCUGUUAGGAGAUGCAGUCAGGACUGGAGCAGUGGUUGCGCAUCUGUGCUCGGUUAGGCCUUCACUCAGGGAUGGCUCUCUGCCGCUUUCUUUUCUCUGUUCCUCCUUGUAUUAUAACUUUGAAUUGUCUCUCUGUUGUUGCAGUGUGCAGAGGAGUGAAUGCCCCAUGUUGUGUUAGUGCCUGUCUGCCAUGCUGGCCUGUCUGCCAGGACCAGGUGACCUCUCCUUUCAGCUUCUUUCUUACACGCAGAUGAACACUGGACUUCAGAAAUGGGACACUACACAGAAAAUGAGAUCUGCACAGUAUCCUACCCCAGCAGAAUUGGAUGCUUAUGCUAAGAAGGUCGCCAACAAUCCACUGACUAUAAAAAUCUUUCCAAACAGCGUCAAGGUUCCCCAGAGGAAACACAUACGCCGUACUGUGAACGGACUCGAUACUUCGGGCCAGAGGUACAGCCCCUACCCAUCUCAGGCCACCACGAAAACGGGCCUGCUGGCCAUAGUCAAAUCCCCAGCGAAAGGAAUCAUCAAGGACUUUGACGGGACGCGGGCGCGCCUGCUGCCGGAGGCAAUGAUGAACCCGCCCUCCACGCCGUAUGUUGCACCAAGCACUUUAUCCCACCCGCAGGCGCUCGCUCGCCAGCAGGCUCUCCAGCAUGCACAGACUUUGCCGCACCCCCAGAGCAUCCCGCAGCACCCUCAGGGUAUUCCACAGCCACCCAGCUUACCGCACCCUCAGGGGAUCCCCCAGGCGCUGCCGCACCCGCAGAACAUGCAGCAGCCGCAGGGCUUGCAGCACCCUCAGACCAUGGCGCACCAGAGCCUGCAGCACCCCCCAAAUGCGCUGCUGCAGCCGGGUUUACAUGGAGGCAGAAAGAUGCCGGAUGCAGACGCGCCGCCGAAUGUGACCGUGUCUACCUCAACUAUUCCCCUCUCUAUGGCUGCCACCCUGCAGCAGAACCAGCCACCGGACCUGAGCAGCAUUGUGCACCAGAUUAACCAGUUCUGCCAGGCCAGAGCUGGCAUUAGCACUACCUCAGUGUGUGAGGGACAGAUUGCAAACCCCAGCCCUAUAAGUCGCAACCUGCUUAUCAAUGCAAGUACCAGGGUAUCUACUCACAAUGUCCCUACACCCAUGCCUUCCUGUGUAGUAAACCCUGUCGACCAUGCUGCUGCUACUAUUCCUCCUGCCUCUGUUAAUGUGCCCAUGGUCAAUAUUAACAGGGUGCCACCCGCUUACCAGAACGAAAUCAAAUCGGUUGCGUGGAACCAGCACCAGCUUGCACAUCUGCAGCAAAUGUGUGGGGAUGCUGCUGGGCCUGCUGGACUCGCAGGGAAGCACCCUCAGAGAGAGAUCGCAGGGCAGAGUUUCCCUGGCAAAACUUCCAACUACCCUCAAGAACUGUGCAUGGGCCAGUCCUUCAGCUUGAAGCCCCCCAUCGAGAAGCCUACGCCUUCUCCGCCUGUGAACGGGUUGCAGGGACCUUUGCCAUAUACCAAUGGGCACUAUUUCCAGCCCCUCUGGAAUAACAUUCUGCCCACACCCAACAGUGACAGCUCUGGGUCCCAGGACCUCGCCAUGCCUUUCCACGGGGGACAGCCAGCGGGAGCACCGCUGGAUUGUGCAGGAGGAACUCAUUACAGAGCUGGAGCUGGCCCAUCCAGCCAGAAUAAUGUGAUGCAGACCAUGGAUUACCUAAGUGGGGACUUCCAGCAGUCCUGCUUCCGAGACCAGAGCGUGGCUGUGCUGGGAAAAGUCCAUCGGCCUCCCAUGAACCGAGCACCUGAACCAACCGAUAGUCGAAAUCUUCAUAUUCAACACCCAGGGUAUAGAUAGGCUGCAGUCACUUUCACAGACAAAAAAAAAAAAAAAAAUUAUAGGUUUUAGUCUUAAUUUUAAUUAAUAAGCAAGGCAUUUUUAACUUGCAAACUUGUGUGAUCAUUAUAGUACCCAUUGGAAGAAGACAUACUGUAUAUUUAAAGAGCUUUGCUUACAUGUUAUCAACUCUCCUUUAUGCAUCAAAUAUUUAACAUGCCUUUUGUGUCAAAGAAUUUCAUUACACUACUUCACGCCACAGCUGUUUCCUCACCACAGAGUCUCCCCUUUGUGCAGCUUUUUUUUUUUUUUUUUGCCUUCUGCAGAGCAGCUCCUCACUGGACUGAGGUUGAGUUGCUGCAGGGUUUCGCAGACACAUCUGUUCUCCAGCUCCGGCGAGAGCGAGGUAGCGUAGCUGCUUCCAUUUCCAUCUCAAUUUCCUCACAAGAUUAAGAGCAACAGAAUUUUGUCAGGGAGUAGGGCUUAUUUUCAACUCGAAAGCCCAUUUCAUUAAUGCAUUAAACAUUGACCAUUUGCACUGUCUAGAGGCCUGUGUAAUUGAAAAAGAGGCUAUGUUUGAAAAGAGCCAGCUAGGGGUAUGUAUUUAGGCUUUAAUAGAGGGAGAAGCUUUUCAGCUGUUUCUUGCCCACGUUUAUCAUUUAGACUUUUUCCAAAGUCAAAAGUCUCUGGCAGAUUUUUCUGACACUUUCUGUUUUCUGGACAGGGUAUGGAGGAGGGGAAUGGCAGGUUUGGGACGAAGGCAGCCACGGGGAGCUGCCCUUCUUCGUGUUCCCCCUCCCCACUGCCCUUCCACCAGCCUCAAAGCUCACGUUAUCUGAAUCCCUUGCUGCUAGAAGUCUGGCCAGCCUCAUGUGAAGAGAAUCCAGACCCACUUGACAACUCCAAAAAGGGUUCAGCCACUUCUCUGGAAGCUGGAAUUACUGUCAGGGUGAGGAGAUGUAGCUCAGUCCAUCCCCGGUGCAGCGAGCGUGGUGCCGCUGUGGGAUGGGAGGCGCUUGGUCUGAAUCAAAGCUCCUCUCACAAGCCACUGUGGGAUUGACAGUUCCCUGUUCCUCUCCACCAUCGGAUUUAAUGGAACAAUUCUUCUCCCUGGGAAUUAGCGAAGCUAUUUAUAACAUCCCUUUUUCCCAGGGUUUCGGUGCCUAACUCCUUCUGUUCCUUCCCCACGUCACUUCCAGCAGCCAGUACUGAGUCAGUGACUACAGGACACUAACUACUGGGUAACCUCAACAUCUUCUUCUCCUCAGUGUACAAAAACAUCCCUUUCCUUUCUAACAGCCAAAUUUAUUGUAAGUAGAAAAUUCCUCAUCUCUGUUAAAGAGACUAAUACUUGAACAUAAUGAUCACAAUCAAGUUUGGAAAUUAAAAAAAAAAACAAAAAAAAGAAAAAAUAAAAGAAGAAAAAUUUAAAAAAAUAAAUGCAUUGAUUCUUUCUAUGUACACUGGCUAAAAAAUAUUGCUCUACACUGUAACUUUUAAGUGUAAUAUUUCUGUAUGAAUGUCGCCUGGUAGUGUGGGUUUGAGUAGCAUUGUGUAUGGGUGAACCCACUGGCCUCUGCCAUCCACUGGCCUCCCUCACAGCCCUUGGAGAAACAAAGCCUUAAGUAUUUGCUCCUUGAACUUUCCUUAAUGAGCAUGGUUUAAAAAAAAAAAAAAAAUCUAAAAGACAUCAUACAAAAUCUAAAAAAACAAAAAAAAAAAUUUAAAAAAACCCCCAAGUUUUGAAGUGACGUCAUAGUUGGCUAGAGAUUCUUAAAAGUUUUUCGUAAAUGGGAAAAUUAGAAAACAUUUAUUUGUAUUUUUUUAAUUUAGAAUGUGUAGUCCUGGGCUGUAACAAAUAUUUAGGUUUCAAAGCUUAGCAGAGUACGUUUCUGACUCCUCGCGUAAGUUAGUACACUUAUGUCAUUAUUUAAAUUCUUUUAAGUGUACUAUAAAGCGUUCUUUAGUGGUAACUCCUGAGCAAAGUUAAGCAAUUUGACUAAAGAUGGAUUAAAUUAUGUGUUGGCUUGUGUUGCCUUAUAUUUAAAAAAGGAAAAAUUGCCUGAUUGUGUUAUGCCAAAUGAUAGCAACAUGAAGUCCUAAUUUAUUGUUUAUAAUCGUAUUCCUGCAGUCUUUGUGAAAACUGGUAAAUAUACAUCUAUGAAAGAAAGAGAAUCCUGAGGCUUUUCAUGCAAUAUUUUUCUGAAUCCAUUCUGUUGGAGCCAGAGUUUGAGUCUGAAGCUGCUUGCCCUACAGUCACCCUGUUGUCUUUCCCGUCCCAAACCCAACCCCAGUGAGGGCUGUGCUCUGACCUCACCCCUUCCUGCCCAGUCAGUCACUGUAAGGUGUUCUGCUACCUGAGUCUGUAUCUUUUUACUAAAUAAAACCUUGGCCUCUCCUCUGUUCCGUAGCCUGCUCCAAAUCUUAACCCAGACUGUUAUUAAAAGCUAAUUUUUAACUCCUGCUCUUCUCCUGAGAGCCGGAGCGGAGCCCUGUGUGGUGGUGGUGGUUGCCUGGGAGGUGUUUGGUGGUGUUGGCAGCACGCUGUGAGUUUUUGGGGACUGUUCUGCACAGGUACAGCCACGACCUCCGAGGCUUUGCCCCGGUACAGCAGGACCAGGGAAGCAAAAAUCCUGCUGAGACUCAUCCAGGUGGGACAUUGCUUGAAAAAAUAAGAAUCAUUUUACUAUUAAAAUAUACUGAAACCUUUC